UCGGCCACUCUGCGCCGGCCCGAGGGGCGGGGCAAGAAGGGGCGCGGAGCAGCCCAGAGAGGGGAGGGCCGGGGCGUGGCGAAGGAAAGGGGCGGGGCGUGCGCGACUCGCCGAGGAUCCGAGUGCCGGGAGUCUGGAAAGCAUGGCUACGCUUCGCCGGCUGCGAGAGACGCCGCGGCACUUACUAGUUUGUCAGAAAUCCAACUUCGGACACGAAAAGUCGCGACACCGGCACCUCGUGGAGACGCACUAUCAUAAUUACAGGGUUUCAUUUCUCAUACCUGAAUGUGGGAUACUGUCAAAAGAACUGAAAAACCUGGUCAUGGAAACUGGGCCCUAUUACUUAGUGAAGAAUUUACCUCUUCAUGAAUUAAUUUCUCAGGAGUUCAUCAACACCUUUGUAAAAAAAGGCUCGUGCUGUGCAUUAACAUACAAUACAAAUAUUGAUGAAGAUAAUACUGUUGCCCUGCUACCAAAUGGGAAAUUAAUUUUAUCACUGGAUAAAGACACUUAUGAAGAAACUGGACUUCAGGGUCGUCCAUCUCGGUAUUCUGGCAGAAAGAUUAUGAAAUUCAUCAUUUCCAUUGAUUUGAUGGAUUUAUCCUUUAACCUGGAUUCUAAGAAGUAUGAAAGAAUAUCUUGGUCCUUCAAGGAAAAGAAGCCAUUGAAAUUUGAUUUUCUUUUGGCUUGGCAUCAUACAGGUAUACAAGAAUCGUUGCUGAUGUCAUACUUUUCCAGUUACCAAAUUCAAGAGCAUCAGCCCAAAGUAUCCCUGAGCACCUUGAGUGAUCUCCAGUGCCCCGUGCUGCAGAGUGGUGAACUCGAGGGAAUGCCGGAGGUGUCCUGCAGUGCUCUGGAGCUCUUUGAUUGGCUUGGUGCUGUCUUCAGUAAUGCCAGCCUAAAUAAUGAGCCUAAUAAUUUCAUAUCAACCUAUUGCUGUCCUCAGCCAAGCACAGUGCUGGCAAAAGCUUACUUGUGUACAAUCACUGGUUUCAUACUUCCAGAGAAGAUAUGUCUCUUACUAGAACAGCUCUGUCACUACUUUGAUGAACCGAAGUUAGCUCCGUGGGUGACAUUGUCUGUCCAAGGCUUUGCAGACAGCCCUGUUUCAUGGAGAGAAAAUGAACAUGGUUUUCAAAAAGGAGGGGAACAUUUAUACAACUUCGUAAUUUUUAAUAACCAGGACUAUUGGCUUCAGAUGGCUGUUGGGGGAAAUGAUGACUGUCCACCAUAAAUAAUACAAAAUUUAAAAACAUUUUUGUUUAC